AUGGCCGCCGCCACCAGCGACCACCUCUCCGGCCUCCCCGACGACCUCCUCCGGCACAUCAUCUCCUUGCUCUCUGCCAAGGAAGGCGCCGCCACCGCCGUGCUCUCGCGGCGUUGGCGUCCGCUGUGGCGCCAGGCGGGCACCGUCAACCUGGACACGGAGCCCUACUUGUACCCGGCAGCGUACAGAGGCAACAACUUCCCGGAGCACAGGCGGAGCGCAUUCGUCGGCCACGCGCUGGCCGCCCUCGCCGCGUGCGAGAGCCCGAGGGUCCUGAGCCUUCGCCUCGUGUCGGAGGAGAUCGAGGGAGGCGCUGCCGAGGAGAGGUGUGCCGGUGUGGUCGACGCCGUCCUGGACGCCCCGGCGGCGGCGCGCGUCGAGGAGCUCCGCGUCCGCUGCGCCGUCUCGUGGCUCUGCGAGCACGGCAGCUGCGAGCGCUCGAGCUCCAGCGGAACGUGGCGGCUGCGGCUCGGAUCCCUGCCCUGCGCCGCGGCCACGCUCCGCGUUCUGCACGCCAACGACGUCGGCGUCGAACGCCUCGGCGACGGCGACGGCGGCGUCGUCCUCCCGCUCCUGGAGGAGAUGCGGCUGGUGAAAGCCACCGUGUCACCGGAGACGCUCCAGGGCGUGAUCGACGCCGCGCCGAGGCUCGCCAACCUGUGGCUCGAGAGGAUCAGCUUCAGGAGCAACGACGGCAGCCGGGGCGUCUACCUCGCUGACGGCUUCCGCCUCCAGCUCUGA